AUGGAGGUGCUAGCGAAUGCGGCCGUGGCAYAUAUKUGUAAACUCGUAGACGACGACUAUGCAGUGUUUCGUUUGGAAAUAACUCAAAGCCAGAAAGAAAACAGGGAAUUGCGGAGGARACUUCAACUACUGGAACGGAACGUGGCACGGGAACGUGCAGAGAAGACAACGCAGGAGCGCGUGCUCGCCAGUCGUCUCAGUAGACGAAUGGCAAGAGGUGAAGGACAUCUCACAGGUGGCCACAGGACCUUUGCAAAGCCAGCAGGACACAACACGUGGAGAGAUGAUCAACCCAUAGCAAUAGAUGAGGGGAGUGGAACCUCAACCCAGCAUYUUAUUGUGAUAGAGUCUGCAGAGGCUGCAGGUCCUGGGGUUAUGCAGGAGAGACCUGAAGGAGAGGAGGACCCAAGACACAGAAGAGACAUCCUGACUGGAGAGGCUGGAGCGCCCCCUGAAGCCAUGGAGGACCUCACCGCCGCUGCACCCCUGCCCAGGACCCAACACAGCAUCACAGAGGAGGAGGGUCCAGAGUUGCUGUUGGUGAAGGAGGAGAGGUGUGAGGAGGGUCUGGGGAACCCUGAGGGGACCAUGGUCAUGGAGGACAACCAGACUACACCUCCUGAACCCACAGAGGAACCAGCUGAGCAGCACAGGACCACACACAGUCUCACUGAGGUGAGCCCACUGUGAACUACGGUCUGAAUGGUAUUAGGUCAGGGUCUGUGUCCAUAAAGCCUAUCAGAGUAGGAGUGCUGAUCUAGGAUCAGUUUAGCCUUUUAGAUCAUAACGAAUAAGAUUAUGUAGACCAGUGGCUGUCAGUGCUGUUUUCUUUCUCCAUGAGCAUGGCUUUAUUUCUAUUACAGCAUAUUGGAUGACUGUCAUUCAUAUUCCAUUCACCCAGUUAAAUGUAACAUCGAUAGGUUUAGGCUACGACAUGAUACUCAAAUUGUCCCAAAACCUAUUUCAUGAGGUUGCGAGAACCUAGCCUAUUAAUGAAAGCUUACAACAUAGGUGCACACAGGUCGAGAGAAAAAUUUGAGGUGACGGACAGUG